GUCACACACAGAGCACCUCCUGACCACUGCGGCACCACCAUUUGCAUUUGGCCAGCAAGCCACAGACAAAGCCCUGAAUGCCAUCCUCAUUGUGGUCCUCUUCGUCAUCAUGGUACCUCUGGGGUGUACCAUGGAGAUAGCCAAGAUCACAACUCACCUCCGGAAACUCAAAGGCGUGGUGAUUGCUGUCAUGGCUCAAUACAGCGUCAUACCCUUGACAGCAUUUGUGUUGGGCAAGCUUUUCCAGCUGGGUGCUACAGAAUCCUUGGCCAUCCUCAUCUGCAGCUGCUGCCCAGGGGGAAACCUCUCCAACAUCUUUAGUCUGUCACUGAGAGGGGACAUGAACCUCAGCAUUGUAAUGACCACAUGCUCAAUAGGCCUGGCAAUUGGACUAAUGCCUCUGCUUCCGUACCUUUACUUGGGAGGACUAUACAAGGGUGAUUUGGAGGGCAAGGUGCCUUACAAAGGAAUAAUCACCUCCCUGGUCCUCAUGCUAAGCCCCUGUGCCAUCGGCGUCAUCUUGAAUGAGAAGAAAUCACAGUACACUGGCUUUCUCAUCAAGGCAGGGAUGGUUGUGCUUCUGCUGUCAUCUGCUGCAAUAAUCGCUCUGUCUGUGGACAGUGUAGGAAGUGGUAUCAUGGUCAUCUUCUCAUCAUCCCUCCUGGGAUCUUUUGCCUUGAUGCCCUUUAUUGGAUUCCUGCAGCAGCUGUUUAAAAGUGGAUUAAACCUGUAAUGCUUGUCAGGGUUUAACUUUUCCUCCUUCAGAUGCAGAAGGCUGGUGUGCAUGGAAACUGGCUGCCAGAAUGUACAGCUUUGCUCGACUAUCCUCAAGGUUGCCUUCACCCCAGAAAGCAUUGGCCUGUACUUCUUCCCACUGCUCUACUUGCUGUCAGAGAGACUUCUGCUCAUCCUGCUCUUUACGAUCUGGGACAGAACAAAGAAACCAAAUGGCAAGUACAGCUUAAUAUAA